UAGUCCGUUCGAUUAUUAUGCAGCUCAAUCUCAGGUAUUUUGAAUCACUAAAUAGUGGAACAAAACGAACUUCGUGAUAAAAGUUUUCGAUAAAUUGGUUAAAAAAGUCGUGACUUCAAUAAUAACAAAUAUUAAUUAUUACUUUUUUUUUUAAAUAACUUUUAAAAGUCUGUAUCGAAACUGAUUUCCUUGCAAUUCCAUAAAUUAUGAUUGUGCAUGAGUGGAAGAGCUGCGAGUUUUUUGAUCUUGUGGUACUUUCCAGUUGUUGUAAAGUUGACGUACAAUCGGAAAUAACUGCACAUUGCGCCAAUGGAAAUAUCUAUAUUUUCUGUGAAGUGUCGGGAUUCAUUCAUGUUUACUUCAGAAACUCUUGGACAAUUUGUUUUCGUUAUCAAUGCUCUGAGGUUCGAUUCUGCGCUCUUACAACUAAUAACGAAUUUCUGGUGUUAGUAGCUGAAGACGAAUCAUCUGGGAAAAUUCGUGUAGAAGUGUUAAACCUUGCAAAACUUAAUAAGCGUGAAGGCGCUCCAUGUGUGGCUUCAGCAGUUCUAAAUCAGUAUGGGCGCGUAACAACAAUCCGAACAUGCUUAAUAAAAGAAUAUUUAUGCAUUUCUAUUGGAUUGGAUAAUGGAAAUUUAUUAAUUCAUCGAUCGGUUAUGAGUUCGGAUAUGUCGUCAAAUUUCUUCUGCAUUUCAACCGGCAAUUGUAGCAUAUUAGGCAUAGAAUUUCUACAUAAAAAAGAGUAUCUAUAUUUAUUUCUAUGUUCGGAAGAAAAAGUUGGUUUCUAUAAUGUAUUGGAUAAUGGUAGUACCGAAAAAAAUUUGGAAUAUUUUUCAACUAAUAGUUGCAGUUCAAUUCUACAUAAUUCUGAUAAUUCAUUUUUCUUGGUCGGUAGAGAGGAUGCCCUUUAUUGUUUUACCAUAGAUGGAAGAGGUCCUUGUUACGCCAUUGGGGGCAAAAAAAAAAUUAUUGCUUGUCUAAAUCAAAAUAUUAUCAUAUUAAUGGAAUCUGAAGACAGUUGCCGUAGUUAUAUAACAAUUAUAGAUAUAAUUAACAAGGCUAUUGUUUUCCAAAAGAAAAUUUCAAACUCAAACAAAGAUAUAUUGGUAUCCAAUGAAAUAUCCUGCUAUAUAUUAAUGAGUAAUACGAUCUACAUUACUAAGGAACGAAGCCUUCUUAACAAAUUGUUGACGUUAAUGAAUAGUAAUUUUUUUGACCUUGCUCUAAGCAUUCUUUGUGAGAAAAAGAAAGCUUUUAUUGGUUGUAUUUUGUUGAAUUUUGGUGAUUACCUACUGUCUAAAGGUGACUUGAUAUCUGCUACAUCCAAAUACAAGGAAACAAUAGGUUUGAUAGAUCCCUACUUCAUCAUAAAGAGGCUUUUAAAUUCAAAGUAUAGUUAUCACUUAUCGUAUUACAUAAAUUAUUCGGUAAAUAUUAAUAAAGCUUCAAAUUCUCAAAUGGAACUUUUGAAAGGUUGUAAUACAAGACACAACUUGUGUUUUAAGACUAGUAUAGAUGACGUCUCUUAUGAAAGUGAAUACUCCAAAAACUAUUUAACUGAUACAACAAUGUCCACCUUGUCAGAAUCCUAUGAGAAUGAUUUGUAUUAUGCGAUAACGAAACAUCCUAUGAUAAUUUCAAAACAUUGGAGAAAAAUUUUUACUUUGCUUAAGGUGUCUAAAAAUCCUAUACGUUAUAUAUCACCUUUAAUUAAUACACAAGAAAAUUGUAUUGAAUAUUUAGAAUAUUUAAUAUCUGUCCAUAAUAAAUCGGAAGUAUUUGGCGUUCUCCUAGAAUUACAUUUGCUUGAAUGGUACAGCGAAAGAAAAAAUAUUUCAGAUAUAUUAAAUUUUUUAGACAAUAAUUUUGAGGCAUAUUCGGAACAAAUGUUAAUAACUUUUGUAAAUUACUCUUUCUGGCCUGGCGUUAUUUUUUUGUGUGAAAAUUUCAAAAUGUUACAAAUGCAUUUUAGAUACUCCAUUAAGCAUAUUGAUAUAGAUAUACCCGUCAAAUUGAGGAAAAUAAGUGUUAUGAAUAAAAGUAUUAGUUUGCAGACAAUAGAAAUAAUGAAAUAUAGCUCGCAAAUCGCAAAGGAUCAUUUAGAUCGUAUAACAAGAAAAAUGCUUAAUGAAAGUAAACAAAAUAUACUGCCACUAGUUCAAGGAAUAUCUGUAGCAAAAAUGUUUAAUGUAAUUCACCUAAAGCAACUCUUUUGCAAAAGUAAAUCAGACUACAAAAUAAAAUCAUGUAUCGAUAUUAAAGUUAUGGUUAAUUCUCUGCGGGCUUUUGUCGAUUCCUUAUCUAGUUUUAGAAUGUGUCCCAUUGAAUUUAGAAAAAGUGUGUGCGCUAUUUGUAAAUGUAAGCUAAGUCUACCAUCUAUUUACUUUUUGUGUCAACACGCUUUCCAUUUAGAAUGUGUUGAACACAGUUUAAGCGAUAAAUUUUGUACUGUAUGUUUAAACUCAGAAGAGUUGAUCAAUGAAUCUAAAAUCCAAAUUAUGGAACAAAUUAAAUGGUAUAUACCUAAUACAAUGACAAUAGUUUCUAUGUUAUUUUCGAAGAAUUUGUUAAAUACUUCUAGGAAAUAAUUUUAUAUAUAUUUUUUUUUUUAAAUAAAGAAUUGAUAUAAUUUGUUACUGUGA